AUGCAGUGCGAAGUCAUACAUCUGAGUUACAUGGAUACAUGUCUCUCAAGGUCGCCGUCCUCGCCUGCGUGGCUGUCGUCGCUCUGUGCGACAACGCCCCAGUCCACGACCCCCUUCCCCCCGUCUACACCCCUAGACCUGCAUAUCACGCCCCUGCUCCCUACCACGCUCCCCGAGCCUGCUUAUCACGCCCACACACACUACGAGCCCGAGUACCCCGAUGUGCCCGCAAAGUACAACUACAACUACGGCGUCGUCGACAGCUACUCCGGCGUCAACCUCGGCCACACUGAGUCCCGCGACGGCUACAAGACCGAGGGCAGCUACACCGUCGACCUCCCCGACGGCCGCAAGCAGAUCGUCAAGUACGUGGACAACGGCGACGGUCUUGUAGCUGAGGUCACCUACGAGGGCGAGGCUCAGUACCCCGAGUAUAAACCCACCUACAGGCCCGCUCCUCCCGCCUACGCCCCCCCUAGUCCCACCUAUGCUUAAGUAAUGAAUGCUUUUAGGGGAAACUUAAGUAAAUGAAUAUAUAACAGGGGUAUAUAUUCGACGAAUAAAGAUUUUAUUUUUAUAAA